UGCCUCUUGCGCCAUGCAGACGUUUUUUGCGUUGAUUUUAAUGCUUACCGUGCUGCAAAGCCACGUGGAUUCGAGCAGGUUUUUGGACAAUUCCUGUGAGGAUCCGAUUCCAAAACAAAUGGUAUCGAACUCAGUUGGCGAUCAACGGGAUGCUUGGUUGGCAUCCAUAAGUAAUGCCACUCAUUUCCUUUGUAGUGGCUCGCUGAUUCACAAACAGUACGUUUUAUCUGCUGCCAAAUGCAUGGAUGUUCAUGGGCAGUUAUUCGUCCGACUGGGAGCUAACAAUUCGACAGAAUCCCACAAUUUGUAUACGGUGAUCGUAGUAUUCCCCCCAUUAUCCGAGAAACUUCCCCAAAGUGAUAUAGGACUGCUUAGGCUCUCAAGAAGCGUUGAUUACAAUGACCGUAUAUAUCCCAUAUGCAUUCUUUUAAAUGCGAAUGCUUCGAGUGCGCCAAAGCUUUUCAAAACCUCUGCCUGGCUGCCGAAAUUCAAGAAUCCUCAAACCAUCUUUCUACACAAAGUGAGAGGCGAUACCUGCCAAUUGAACUCGACGGAAAAAAUCUGUGCUGCUGCUGCGUUAUAUAGGAACUCCUGCCGCAUCGAUUCUGGAAGUCCUUUGACUUUUCGCGUCGAGUUUGGUUCAAAUAUAGUUCGGGUAGUGCUGUUUGGUAUCGGAAGCUAUGGCAAUGGAGAAAAGUCGUGUUCUGAGCCUGCACAUUAUAUCAAAGUAGCACAAUAUGUCGGCUGGAUUGAGACAGUAGUACAGAAAUUUAAUGCCCCAGAUGGUCUCGUGGUUGCACCUCAAAAAGUAAAACAACCUGUGACAACAACCACAGAGUCUGCGAUGCGGCAAGAUAUUCUGCUGUUUAAGAGCUGCAGUGGUAAUACCUUGUCAACGAAACUACAAGCUCGUAUUUAUGGGCCUAAUUACAUAGCCCAGGGUUGGUUUAUCACUGACAGAUAUGUCAUCACAAAUGCCAAGGGCUUACCGAGAAAUGCGGCGUCUCUAAACGUAGGUCUGCUGGGAACCCUCAGGUCCUACGAUGAAUUCAAUGUUUUAUCGGUCGUCAAGCACCCACAGUUUUCUGAGGAUUACAAAAAUGACAUAGCAUUGCUCAGAAUAGAUCCACCGGUGGCCUUAGGCAACUUGAGGCCAAUAUGUAUGCUGUUGAAAGAAAGGCAUCGGGAAAUGGCCAAGUCUAAUCCACCAGUUACGUUUAACCAUGUGCAAACUGCAGAUCGCAUAGAAAUUUUUAGAGAAAACGCAACACUCUUAUCUAACAGUGUAUGCUCAAAUAGGCUGCAAAAAACUUUAGAACCGAAUCAAAUUUGUGUGCAACCUCCUUUCGAAAGGGGCCAGAAAAAUGCAACACGUGGCAGCCUAUUGGGAUUAAGGAUGAUGUAUAAGGCAAAGGAGUGGCUCGUCCUGCUCGGCAUCCUCGGUUAUUCACAGGAUGGCUUGGAAGUCUUCACAGAUGUUACGGCACACACCCAGUGGAUUGCCGAUGUUGUUAACUCUGAUCAAGAAUUGUAAUUAGCCGAUAGUGCUUAAAUGCUCCU